GCGUGGCCUGUGGUCUGUCACUAUGACGACAGCUACAGGAAAACGUCCUCCACAUGUUUCAGACUGAGCACAAACCUACCCUGAUGCUCUGAACUGAUCAGACCCAGUCGGUGCCGAGGAGAACCUGCAGACCCGGCUAGUCCUCUGGACUCCAACACGUGGUUGGACGGCGGACGGCAGAGUCCCAGACGGGUCCACGGCGAAGGUUUUGAACUGGACCACGACUGAGACGAGACCAACGGAUCCCAGUCAGACCUCCAGUGGUUUUGACGAUGACUCCUGGGUCCAACUUCAGCGCUGAAGGAGCUGAGAAUGAGGGGAAGCGGUGCGUCGUCAACGACCAGAUGGAACCUUUCAUCGUCAUCUACAUCCUCAUUUUCAUCAUCAGUCUGUGUGGAAGUCUGAUGUCUGUGUGGACCUUUAUUCACAGCCCCAGAGACAAGCGCAGUGGGAGUGUCUACCUGAUGAACCUGCUGGCGGCCGACUUGCUGCUGCUGCUCGCUCUGCCCUUUAAAAUCCUGAAGGACCUCAGGGUGGCGUCCUGGUCCCUCAUGGUUUUCCACUGUCAGGCCAGCGCCGUCACCAUCUACAUCAGCCUCUACGCCUCCAUCGUCUUCCUCGCCCUCAUCAUCACUAACUGCUACCUGCAGGACUGUGAUGGCGUGUGUGCUCUGCGGCUGCAGGAGGUGGGCUUUGCUCGUCUUCUGUCCGUGGUCGUCUGGCUGCUGCUGCUGCUCAUCAUGGUGCCCAACAUGGCUCUGCCCAUACAGGAAGUCAAGGUGAGUCAGUAUCUCAGCUGUUCGUCCCUGAAGAAGGACCUGGGUUUACACUGGCAUGCCCUCACCGUCUUCCUCUGCACCGCCCUGUUCCUGAACGCCUUGGCGGCGGUGCUCAUCUCCAGCGGUCUGUCCCUGAAAAGGCUUCUGGGUAGUCGCGGCAACCCCGGACUGUGGGCGGAUGCCCGGCGCGUGGCGGUGAGCGUGACGGUGGCGUUGGCGGCCUACAUGCUCAGCUUCGUGCCGUACCACGCGGUCCGAACCCCGUACACACUGGCCCAGACCAAAGUCAUCAGCGACUGUCAGACCAAGAGGAGGCUGUUCCUGGGAAAAGAGUCGACGCUGAUGCUGGCGCUGGUUCACGUCUGCCUCCACCCACUGGUCUACUACUACCUCCACCCACCAUUCAGACGGACCGCACAAAGACUGAUGACCUGGAGGAGGGGGGAGGAGAAGGAUGGAGGAGGAGCAGGAGGAGGAGGACCAGGAGGAGAAGCUCCGACACAGGUGGAAAACCAUGAAGAAGAAAGAUUUAACCCAUAAAGACCCAAACAUCCACCGUCAACCACUAACUCUAUCAAUGCAUGUCAAUAGUUGGUGUAAAAUACACUUUUACCUCAAUUAUUCAGAGGAUAAAAUGUACAAAAAUGUAUAAAAUGGGAAUAAAAUGAGCAAAAUACUUGAAAAAUAAGAGAAAAAUGGACCAGAAACCCUUGAAAUAUGGCAUAAAUGUGAACAAACCCUUCAAAAGUGAAGAGAAACAGGAAAUACCGAAGGCUAAUGAUGUUCAUUUUGUCUUCUGUUAAUGUAAUUAUUAUGUAAUUAUUUAUUAUUUAUAGUUAUUAUGUAAUUAUUAUAUCUUUUUUC